UUUUUCUUUUUUAAAGUAUGGUUGCCGUGCCGAAAAGCAGCUGAUGUAAUAUCGUCAAGCUUCGUUUGCACUCGCCCCGGCUUUUUACAAAAAUAAAAAUAGUACGGUUUACUUUUUACUGUGUCGAGUGGAAAACAAACCGUACCGCGUGCAAAUCAAAUGUCUUACAGUAAAUCUUACUGAAAUCCUAGUUUAACUUAAGAUUUUCUCAGCAAUACCAAAUCAACUGAUUCUAACCGAGUUUUGUCCCUUUCUGGAGAUUUGCCAGAGGAAAAGCCUUGAUUGUCAACAAAGAAGCUCUAAAACAGUAACAUUUGGGCACCAGUGGUGAUGACAUUCUCAUCCUAACAAAAGUAUUGUGUUGAUUUGUGAAGGACAGCUAUCUAUACAUAAGGGGAGAUAAGUUAUUGCCUGAAACAUUAUAAUCUUCAUACUGUUGCCAAGAUAUUUCUGUGGUUUCAGUUUUACUGUGAUAAUUAUAAAACUACCACAGGUUUGGUAUUUGUAAAAAAAAAAAAGAACAUUUAAACCGAAACAAACGUUUACCUAACCGUGACAAAAGAUGGGGCGCUACAGCGGCAAGACCUGCCGCCUGAGCACAAUGCUGACCCUGACCGCGGGAUUUUUCCUGGUGGAGAUUAUAGUCGGGUACAUGACCAACUCCAUUGCUCUUGUGGCGGAUUCCUUUCACAUGCUUUCAGAUGUCGUGGCUCUCAUAGUAGGAUUUGCUUCAGUCAGGAUAUCAAAAUGGCCUUCCAAAAGAAACACUUAUGGCUGGGUGAGGGCUGAGAUUCUUGGUGCUCUGGUUAAUGCCGUCUUCCUUUUGGCUCUGUGUUUCUCCAUUCUGGUGGAAGCCUUGAAGAGGUUGGUGGAGGUGGAGAAGGUGGACAACCCCAAACUGCUUCUUAUAGUAGGGGCAGUGGGAUUGGCUGUGAAUAUCUUUGGGCUUUUCUUGUUUGGAGCUCAUGGACAUUCUCAUGGAGGUGGAAGCAGCCAUUCACACGGGGGUCACGGCCACUCACACGGAGGUCACGGCCAUGCACACGGGAGUCCCAAAGAAGGCCACAACGCCAACUACAAGGAUGUGCCUAAUGGGAAAGCCGCUGCUAUGGAGAACGAGUCCCUGGUCCAGACGGAUAAAAUUUCUUCAGUGUCGUCAGUGGACGACAAGGAGAUAUAUGUCUCCCAGGCUUCUAAUAUUACCAUAGAGAUUAAGAAGCCACAGUUAGCAUCCUCAAAUCAGCUGAAUAUGCGUGGUGUGUUCCUCCAUGUGCUUGGUGACGCUCUUGGCUCUGUGGUGGUUGUGGUUUCUGCACUGGUUAUAUGGUUUGCUGAUGGGGACUGGAGAUACUAUGUUGAUCCUUCCAUGAGCAUCAUGAUGGUGAUCAUUAUUCUAAGCACUACCAUUCCUUUGUUGAAGGAAUCUGCUUUCAUCCUUCUCCAAACUGUUCCAUCCCAUGUCAAUGUGGAAAGGAUUAUUCAAGAGUUGGAGCAGAUGGAUGGCAUAUACGGGGUGCACGAGUGCCAUAUCUGGCAGCUGGCAGGGAACCGUAUUGUGGCAUCAGCACAUAUUCGGUGCCAUGGCAUAGAGGAGUACAUGACACUGGCUGCCAAGAUCAAAUCACUUUUCCACAAAGCUGGCAUCCACUCCACAACAAUCCAGCCAGAGUUUAUUGAUUGGCGUGAUGCCAACUCUGACCACCAGCCCUGUGCCAUUCUCUGCGAGGCCUCAGGCGAGAUGUGUAAAACAGACACGUGCUGCGGCGACCGCAAGAGCCGCAUGAACAAAUCCAACCAAAACGCUGUCGAGUCUGUCGUCAUUGGAGACGUCAGCAACGCCCACAUGCCCAACGCCAACAACUCCAACACGAGAAACCAGACAAACUUCACCUUCUCUAGUCACCGAAGCCUGGACAUGAAAUUCAGCCCCGAUGGGGACGAAGUAGUCCUUGAGAUGUCUGUGUAUGAAUCGCCGGACGACAGGCCAACGCCUACAGAAGAUGGAGCCGCCCACUCCAAGGUCCCAGGUACCGUUACCAUGUCUGAAAAUGGAGCUUUACUAGAGUCCCCCAUAUCUGGCCGUGAUCACCAUUCCUGAGUCAGUAACGUUGUUUAAACUAUUUCUUAAAGUGGUUUCAAGAAUCCAAACACGCGUAAAUUUUGUCAAAUAUUUCAUUUGGAUUGCUUUGAUUGCGGAGCCUGGAUCCGACAUGCUUUUUAAAAAAAAAUAUUGUGGCAGCUCGUUUGUUGUUCAAAACGUCUACAAUAUGAUUUCAAUCAAACUCAUUGUCUAUUUUGUAAAAUUUCCAAGAAAUGUAUUGAUGACUUUGGUCAUCAGGAGCCAGUAUGUGUCCUUAAACCAGAUGGUUUUAUCAUAAAAAAGUGGGAUAUGCAAGACUGAUGACUCAACUGAUUAGUUUUAUCUCAUUACAACUAUUUAGCAGUAUCAGUUUGUUUUUAAACUAGGUUAGAUGUAUGAACCAUUGUUUAGCAUUAUCAAUUAGUAUUUGAACAAGGGUAGUGGUAACUGCAAUGGAUUAGCAUUAUCAAUUAGUUUUAGAAAAAUGGUAGUGGUGCCUGCAAUGGAUUAGCCUUAUCAAUUAGUAUUUGAACAAGGGAAUUAGACAGUCUGUGAGCUAGGUAAUCAGUGCAUUUAAAAUUGAUUAUGUCGCUUGCCUAUCUGUGUAUGCUUUGUGCGUCUGACAGUCAUCCAAAGAUUGCCUUACCACAUUCUAUCAUGUUCACCAGUUGUGUUGAAUGGACUCCACAUAAUUUCUUUCUUCCUAGUGGUGGGGCGGGGCUUAAUGAAUGUUUUGUGUUUGUUUUGUUUAAUUAUUUAAAAAAAACCCAACUAUUCACUAAAAAUGUAUUUUUAUUGCGGUACGUUAGAAAAACUUGUGUUUUAUAUCCAACCAGUAUUAGUACACAAUGUGUGAACUACUCUAAUCAAACUAUUUAUAAUUUUAGUUUUAAUAACUAAUGUGAAACACUAACAUGGAAAAUUUUUAAAAGAUGUUUUUUUAAAAAAAAAUAUCUUAGCCCAACUUAGCCAAACCAUAUUUACUUUUGAAUAAUUUUAAAUGCAGUUUGUUUUUAGAUAGCAUUUAAUUGGGGUACAAAAUUCCCUCUAUAUGUAGUGCUAUGAAGCUGUAUCAACCAUUUCAUAAAAACUACUUAGAAUCCAUGACCAUGUCUUGUAUUCAUGUGGCCAGUGUUCUGUUGGUUUUAAUACUAAUUUCAUAGUUGAUUAUUAUUUUAUUGACCCGCGCAUGGAAGGUUUUAGAAAUUUGUUUUUGUUGUUACACCGUGUGAAAUGAAGCAGAAAGAAUUGUUUAUAACAUCACUGUGUGUAUAUUUGUUGCUAGUGAUUUUAACCUUAUUUAUGACUUAUACUGUGUUUCUAGUUUAAAAAAAAGAAUUUCUUUAUACAAAUUCGUAAUUUCAGAAAUAAAUUUUAUACAUUUUUAUACAAUUUGUCUUUUUUUCUUCACAUUAAUUUAUUACAUAAAUUUUUGCGUUGUCUUGUUUUUUAAAUUUUAUGUUGCUUGCAUUCCAUGAUUUAGGCAGAUACUAACUCAGAACAAUUAAAACAUGUUUCCUGUGAAUAAAUUGCUUGGAUUAAUGGCCUCUGUCGUGCAUUAAAUGGCAGAUUCAUAAACUCAACAUCUUUAAUUUUUAUGUUUCAUUUUUUUAAAGAUUACUGUGUCUCUUCAUUUCUAUAAUGUGUGAAUUUCAUUGUUUACAUGUGUUUUGAUUAAAAGAAUCCUUAACAGAAUUUGACGCAACAUGAAAAUAUUUGAGUUGUUCAACUUUAUAGUUAUAUACAAUUAAGACCAAUACAUCUAAAAUAUUUAUUAUGGCAUUUUGCUUUCUGUAUUCCAUGAAUUUAAAAGAUUCUUGAUCUGAAAGUAAAAAUUCUGUGCAUUCUAAAAAUUAUGAUUGAUUAAAGUUAAAGAUUUGUUUUUUUCAUAAUACAAAAUCAAGUCAAAUAAUUUUUGUUUGCUAAGAAACUAAACAUAGUUUUAUCCUUUAUGCCAUCACAAGUAAGUAGAAAAACAUAUACCUUAAAAAUUCUUAAUUAAAAAAAAUUAAGUAAACUAAUCAGUAGUUUUUCAUCUUUGUUGUACUUGUAAACAAUACAUUCAUUAUAAAGUGUUUUAAAAACCUGAGCUGUAUAACAAUGCAUGUGUGAAACACUCAAUAUGAUAAAUAUUGCAUUAGAUAAUGAAAUCAGAGGUAAAUGAAUGUUGAAGUUAGGGGUAGUGGGCAGAAGACAUACAACAUACUGGGUGCAGGUAACUCCUCAUUGUAAUUUGUAACUACCAUAGUGGUCCCCCCUUUACAUAUUAUCAAAAGAUCUUUGUACUUAGUCUAAACACUAUGCAUACAAACUUUCCAAAUAAAUGAUACUUAAAUUAAUUCUAACAAUAGCUUGAGUUAUGAUGAAGUUAAAUUUUGUACAGCAAUUGACAAUGUAAUGAAUAAGAAACAAAUAAAAAUAACUAAUCAUUAAAACAAUGUUAUUUGUUUUUUAUUGUUUAUGUCUACAUAGUACAUGUGUGUACAUUUAAACUCAUAUAAUUCAAUUGUCUUUACAAUUUAUAAAUAUUCACUCUUCUCACUGUUUAUUUGUGCAGCCUGUUGUUAAUUUACAAUGUUGUUUUUUUUUGUUUUUUUUUUUAAACAAUCAGAUUUUUAAAAAUUAUUCAAAGAAGAAAAACCUUUACUUAAGUAACUAAGCCCAGUCCCAUUUUAUUAGCUUAAUGAAGUAUUUUACACUUUUUAUUUAUCAGUUACACUGAUUCUUUGUUUGCAGUCAUAUUCUUCUUCUGAAUUGUCAAUUCUGUUAGGAUUAUUUUUUUAAAACUUUGUUUAACAGGAUUGUUACUUUGUAAAAAUUUACAAUUUACAAAGCUUAUCUGUGAGAAAUCCAAAAAAAAAAAUGGAAAAUUCUGUAAUUCAUCAUACCUAUUCAACUUCAAUUAUAUAAUUUGUAUGUAAUAUAAAAGUAUGUUUCCAUAUUUGUUUGUAUUUUUGUUUGUUUGCUAUACAAAACUAUUUAUAGUAUAAAUAAGUUUCGUUUUACCUCCCCUUAUGGAUUUCAUUGAAAACUGGUGCAAAUUUUUAUUCCAGAAACUUUCAAAAUAAAUCGCUGAAACAAUUUGAAA